GGUAGGUAUGCGAAUAUCAACUGCAAGCGGGAGAUUUUGCAUGGAAUGCGCAUUGCCCAGGGAAGUUAUAUAGAUCAAUAUAAAAUAUGCCCGUCUCACGAUCUAUUCCCUAGCAAUGAAUGACGCUACAACCGCCCUGCUCACAGAGCACUUCAGCUACACCCCGCUCUCCCUGAUAGACGACGUAAUAAACUCCAUAAACAACCUGGUCUACCAAGCUAUCUCUAGUCUCGAAGAUGGCCUUUUGACCGCGCCACCAGAGCGACUAGGCUUCUCUCACGCCCCCGACACCAUUCCGGAUACAGACGACGAUGGGAACAUCCAGUACCCGGAAGCGCGGCUGGAGAUAGAGAAUGGACUACAUCAAUUGGAGACACUGCUGGAGGCGACGGUUGAUAAGGCCUUUGACAAGUUUGAGAUCUACGUGUUAAGGAAUAUCCUGACUGUACCGGAAGAUCUGCUUGGAUGGGUGCGGUUGACACAUUACGAGAAACUCUCCCUCGGCCCCAGUCCUCCAAAUGCCCCAACAUUAGAAUCAAUAACCCUCCAACGGCAAAAAUUACGCGAAACCAGAAAACUACAGCGUGCCCUACGCCAAGAAUCCGACCGCAACGACGCAAUAAUCGCCCAACUACGCUCGAUUCUCUUCAAAGACACUCCCCAUCCACCCUCCGUAGACGAGAAAGAGGCAACAACACUAGCCAUCCACUCCCAAAGAACUGCAACCUCAACCUCAACAACAACCACAACCGCAGACGCCCCGGACCUUUCCUUCCUCCUCACUGACCCCGCUGCCCGCCGCCUUCGCAUUGGUGAUGCCGCAGACCCUUCCCGCAACCCCAUAACAACAAACACAACAUUCAUACUCUCUCAACUCCACGCGCUCCGCGCAAUGCUAGCCCAGCUACGACCGAAGCUGACUUCCCUGCCCCAGUCCGCAGAUGACAUGGAGCUAGAUCCCAGACGUGAGGAGAGAAGGGCGUAUAUUGAGAGUCGGACGCGGAUGCAUCUGGUGAGGAACGGGGAGUUGGGCCGGGCGGGGGAGGGGCAUGGAGUUGUUGUGGCGGGACGGAGGGUUGAGGGGGAGGAGGUGCGUGCGUUAGAAGGGGUGGUAGGGAUGUUAGGGGAUGGUUGAAUUUUGCGAUCGGUUCUCCUUGUUUUUCGGGUGGUUUUUUUUUUUUUUUUUUUUUUUUUUUUUUUUUUUUUUUUUUUUUUUUUUGGCGUUUGGUGGCGUUUGGUGGGGAGGGUCGGGGACUUCCGAACGGCGCAAUAAUCUUUUCAUCUCAUUUUAUUUUUUCCCCCAUCCGUUGGACAUAUAGGUCUGCGUGGUUUUUCCUGAGUGAAUGGUGAAUGGGGACACCGGGGAACCGAAGGGUUAACAGGCAAUUGACUAUAUGCAUAUUAUGUUAUCCACGAAUCAAACACGAAUUAAAUACCUGGUUGUUUGGCUGGUGAUCAACCCGACUAUUGAAGACUAAUGUCUGGAGCAUCCAGCGCUUUUCGCAGCUGAGAAUUUCAACUCAGGAUCUAUCUGAAUUCGUCUAGUGAACUUUUCUUUUCUGUAAUUUUCAUUUCCAAGCUGGGCUGGUAUUCUCGAUUGUCAAGAGAGAUAAGACCAAACUCUCGCUUCAACUGGGAUCUUCGAAGAAAUAUAAUAACCUGAGUAGACUGA